GGUACUUUCCCAAGCGCUUAAAUCGGUCACUACGUUACUAUGGUUCAUGAGAGUGUUGUGCAUGCUGCGAAAAUCAAAGGACUUAGUCGUGAAGUGAGGAUUAAAGAUGUCAAGAAGUUUUUCAAACCGAUGAGAAUCAAAGAUUUUAGAGUUAUCAAAAAUGGAAUGGGUAUUAUAUAUUUUCGAAAUAGCGCGGAUCUCUGUGAAGCUCUCAAGAAGAAAGGUGAAAUCUACGGAAGACCAGUGAAAAUUUCGGAACAUAUUCGAGAGAAAGGAAAAAUCUGUAACUUCCAGAGUUCUGAAAAACCCAACUGGCCAGUUAAGACGAGUGAGGAUGUUGUGUCGGCCAUUUUGGAGACAGGUCGACUUUUUGUGCGGAAUUUGUCCUACAACUGUACCGAGCAAGACCUCGAGAAGCUAUUUUCUCCCUUCGGUUCUCUGUCGGAUAUUCACUUGGCUUUCGACUCAUGGUCACAGAUAUCUAAAGGCUUUGCCUUUAUUACGUUUCUGUUUCCAUCUGAUGCGGUGAAAGCUUACAAGUCACUGGAUAAGACUAAGUUUAUGGGCAGACUAAUUCAUAUCAUUCCUGGUCAGGAAUGCUUAGAACCAAAGCGUACUUUUGGUAAAUCGUCAAGUAAUGUCCAAGAAGAUGGAAAUUUAUCUAAUCCUUCAAAAAUGUUACAGUCUAGUUUCAAGAGUGGUCGCUUUGAAGAUCUAAAAAAGAGUUCCAACGUAGGACAUAACUGGAAUGCGUUGUUUAUUCGACCAGACGCUGUUGCUACUUAUUUAGCUGCUAAAUUCGGUCUAACCAUGGAACAAGUAUUGGAUCCAUCAGGUAAUAAAUCAGUUGCUGUAAGAUUGGCUCAUGGUGAAACCCAGUUAAUUGCUGAGAUGAAAGAAUUUCUACAAAUUCAUGGUGUGCGGUUGGAGGCUUUUGAAAAACAUAAUGAUGAAGGUGGUUUGAAAGAAACAGGAAAUAAUCCUAUUGUUCCUGAGGCGUCAGGUCAUCGUAAUCGUUUAGAGUUAAAGUCAAAGUCAACCAUCCGUCAGCUAUCAGGGACAGCGUUUUUAAUCAAAAAUUUGCCAGCUGGAACAACUGAGUGUGAAGUUCGUGAGUUGCUGAAGCAGUAUACCAAAAGCGCUAAGGAUACUGAUCCAAAUAUUCCUUCAAUUCGAUCCGGUUUAAAACGUGUUUUGGUGCCUCCUCUAGGUAUCACUGCCAUUGUAGAAUAUGCUCACUCUCAACAAGCUCGGUUGAUGUACAAAGCACUUGCAUAUGAGCCGUUUCGAGACAGUGUUCUGUUCUUACAAUGGUUACCAGAUGGAGCUUUAAAACCUGCAUCUGUAGAUAGAAUGCAUAACGAAGAAGCAGAGUCAGAAGAAACUACUUCCAAAAAGCGAACUAAGGUGAAACGUAAACAUUCAUCUGUUGAAGAAGUGAAAAUUGAGCAAUCUGAUUCAGAAUUCGAACUAGUCACAUCCGUUCCCACAGAUGAACACAAGUUGAUGAAAAAGAAACAUGAAGAAAAAGAAAUCGAACCACCUCUUGAAGAUGAUAGCAAUCCAGUUAAAACUGAAAAGCCCAGCAAAAUAAAGAAAUAUUUGAAUAAAAAGCAAAGGAUUGAACAACAAACUAAAGAGUCAGUUAAAUUGGAGGCGAAUAACAAUCUUGUCAUACAUAAAAGUAAAAAGAUUAAGUUUAUUGAUAAUGGCGAUGAUGAAAAUUUUAUACAUCUACAAUCCAAGAAAAAUACACACGGGACUGGUAAUAAUGAACAGGAAAAAGUUAUUACUCGGAAGCCAUCAUCAAAACAAUUGAAUAAUGUUCUUAUUGUACGUAAUGUACCAUUCCAAGCUACACAGAAAGAGCUAGUCGAAUUAUUCCAACCAGUAGGAGGUCUUAUCAACGUUCGACUACCGAAAAAGGCAACGGGUGGGCAUCGUGGAUUUGCAUUUAUUGAGUUUGACACGUUAGAUAAAGCUAAGAGAUAACUACUAAUUCUUUAUACGUAAAACCACCCGACUACUUGAAGUAAUUAUACUGGUGUUCUCUGGAUUACACGAACUAAUGUAUUUUCCUGAUGGCCUUACAAACUGAUCAGAAGUGACCUAAAUGGAAAUCAACACUUUAAUUCACCAGCCGCAGAAGUUUUUGUAUUUCACUUUUUGUUUCGUGCUCCUGGGUGGUUAGGAAAAAUGUUUUAGACAAUUUUAUCCUACAGUUGACCAACCAGAACAGGUUACUUAACUUUUGACCCAGUGGUUUUAUUUGUUAAUGAAAACUGCAUAAAUGAUGUAUUUUAUUGAAUAAGUUAUCUUCCUUACAGUCACAGGUCAGUCAUUGUGAAGUAACUGAGUGAAAUAAUAAGAAAUACACGGACGAUGCAAACGCAAUGAGACACUUGGACCAGAUACCGAUACUGACUGUCCUCCCUUAGUAACUUAUACUUCAGUGAGUCAUGAAAAUAUCAGAAGGAAAAGACUAGCCUGUUGAUGUUAAUUUCCAUUUAGGUAGCUUCCUAUCAUCUCCCCGUAAAAAGUGUAUUGCUUUCAUUUCGG